AUGGAACGGUACAAUACAGCUGAUUUCGAUGCUUCUGAUGAAGAUCUGAAAGACAAAGAAGAUGAUCAGCCCCUCUUAUGUGGAUAUGGAAGUUGUACACCUCGAUGGCUUCAGCCCAUCCAUAAUUCCAAAUAUCUAUUGCUCAUGCUGGGCUUAUGUGCCUUCAUUCAGAGUUUCGUAGUAAAUGCCAUAUUCCCUGUUGGCUUGUCAACGCUAGAGAAGCGAUUCAAGAUGACGAGUACCCACACUGGAAUCAUUUCAUCGUGGUACGACUUUGCCGUCUUACUAUGUGUUUUUCCUGUUUGCCAUUGGGGAAAUAGCGGUCACAAGGGUCGAUGGAUUGGUUGGGGUGGCAUUGUGAUGGCUAUCGGCUCGUUAAUUUGUGCUCUACCUCAUUGGAUGUCUGAUGUUUAUCAGGUUGAAGAAGUCAGUUCUAAUUCAACUGAUUUCGGGCAAUGCUCUCAUCGAAUAUUACAUGAAAAGCAAUGUCCAGCGAAUCCAGUAUCAUCAUAUCUGAAUCCAUACUUCUUAAUGUUUAUUUUGGGUCAAAGUUUGCAUGGCUUCGGCUCAACACCAUUGUUCUCUAUCGGAACGACAUUCAUAGAUGAGAAUGUGUCUCAGAAAGCCUCACCUGUCUAUCUUGCAAUUCACGCUGUACUUACAUCUUUUGGACCCGUAAUCGGUGUGUUCGCAGGUGGAUUUCUUCUUAAUUUUUACGACGACAUCGAUCGUGUUGAUCAUAUACCAAUCGAUCGAUCAGAUCCUAGAUGGAUAGGAGCUUGGUGGAUUGGAUUCUUAGCCUCUUCCAUAGCAGCAUUCAUCAUAGCAUUUCCCAUAUUAGGUUUUGCUCGUCAAUUACCUGAAGCUAAAAGACUUAGAGCUAAAGACGUGAAUCAGUGUCAUGCGGCAACUGGUGAUGUGAAUGAGAAAGCUCCAACAGAUGUGAAAGCUUUACCAGCAGUUAUAGUUAAAAUCUGUCGAAAUCCGACAUUCAUCGUCUGCAUAUGUUUGGGCAUAUUCGAAUCAAUCAUCAUCAACGGGUUCGCAGCUUUUAUGCCAAAAAUCUUGGAAACAUUGUUAUCAACAACUCCAAUAAUAGCAUCAUACUUAUCAUCUGUUGUUAUAUUUGCUGCAGCAAUAGGAGUUAUGGUUGGUGGAACAAUCAUUAGACAAUUAAAAUUACAAGUUGGUGGAAUGUUGAAAAUGAUUGUCUGUUGUCAUAUAAUUGCUUUAAUAUUCACAACAGGAAUGUUAGUUCAUUGUCCACAACGAAAGUUCGCUGGCAUUAACAUGGGAUAUAAUGAUUUAGAAAUUACACGUAACGUCGAAUUUGAUAUUCAAGACACGUGUAAUGCCAAUUGUGAUUGUCCAAAGGAAUGGAAUCCCAUCUGUGCGGACAAGAAAAUAUACUUUUCACCCUGUUUUGCAGGUUGUAAAACUAAGACAAAUGGAAAUGUCACAUGGUUGGACUGCUCAUGUGCAUCAAAUGAAUCUGCAGCUCCAGUAGUUGCUACUCCAGGAUACUGUCAAGAGGACUGUGGAUAUUCCGCCUAUGUGCUCCUUUCCAUGUUGUUCAUUACCGUAGUUGCCAGCUUUGCCUCAGGCAUUCCUCAACAACAGAUAAUGCUUCGAGUUGUACCGUUUGACCAGCGUACAUUGGCUUUGGGUAUUAAUUGGACUUUCCUCCGUCUCUUAGGAUUCAUUCCUGGUGGAAUAUUAUUUGGAAUGAUGAUUGAUACGGCUUGUCUUGAAUGGGAAUCAUCAUGUGGUCGACAAACGAGUUGUCUUGUCUAUGAUCCUGUUAAACUAUCAUGGACUAUAACAGCUGUUGCUAUUGUAUGCAAGCUGCUAUCAAUACUGGCAACCAUCAUUGGCUAUAUGACAUAUCGUCCAUCUGAUCUCGAUAAUAACAUUUCAAUUCAUACAGUUGAUAGCUAUGGCGCAUUGAAUCUGGUCGUCAAUGAUGAUCGAGCACCUGAACCAAAUGCCAAACUACGACUUUAA